CACUAGUAUAUAUAACGUAGGAUUUUAAACCGUGGUAAUCACUGGUCGAUUAUUGCUGGUGCCGCUGACAAUUACACUUAUAUCUGUGUGAUAUAUAAAAAUUGUAAUUGAUCGAAUACUACCAAAAUUCACUUCGGAAUACUUUUAAGAAAAUGGAACUACAAAAUUUAUUUUUUCUUCUUAUUUUAAUUACACAAGCAUUAGGAGCAAGUUAUAAUUAUGACAGUAAUGGAGAUGAUUGGACUGAUGGAGUUUGUUCUACAGGGACUAGUCAGUCACCAAUCAACAUAGUUCUUUCGUCAGCUACAGUCGACACUUCACUUGGAGAAUUUACCCUUACAAACUAUAAUGAUAACAGCAAAUAUGGAAAUAUUAAGAAUAACGGACACACAAUUCAAGUUGAUAUGGCAGACGACACUGUUACUUUGAAUGGUGGAGGACUAGACGGUGGACCGUUUAAUUUGGCACAGUUUCAUUUCCACUGGGGAACAUCAGAUUCAACGGGUUCCGAGCACACGGUUGAUGGAAAACAGUCUCCACUUGAAAUUCAUUUUGUACAUUACAAAGCGUCAUUAACUGACCUUGGUACUGCAGCUGGAACCCCAGAAGGUCUAGCUGUCCUUGGAUUUUUUUUCGAGGUGUAUCCAUCAGACAACGCCAACCUUGAUCCCUUCCUUGACGCAGUAACUAGCGUUGCAAAUAAAGAUCAAACCGCUACUUUGUCAUCACCGCCUGUAAUUAGCGCAAUAUUUCAAAAUGUUAAUACAUCAUUGUUCGUGAGAUACAGUGGAGGUUUAACAACACCAGGGUGUAACGAAGUUGUUCAGUGGACAGUUUUCACUGAGAAAAUUGCAAUCUCAAGUGCUCAAUUGGCCAAGAUCAGACUCAGCUACCAGGAAUCCUCUGGGACAACACUUAUUGGAAAAAAUUACCGUUCAACUCAGGGUCUUAAUUCUCGUACCGUCAAAAUCUCAUAUGACCCCGACAUAAGUGCUGCAUCAAUUCUUACUCAAAAUAUGCUGUUUUUGUUACUGUCAGCUAUUGUAGGAUUUUUAUACUGACAAAUAUGACAUUCAUCUGUGCAUCAACUUUUUGAGUUUUUGGUUUUAUACCACAAUUGCAUUUGAACUGAACAACUAUUUUAUACUUGAGACUCACUAAAACGUAAAUCCUCAAAUCCUCAAAGAGUUAAUGAGUAAUGUUAUUUGUACAAUACGCAUUCCUAUUGAAUAUCAAAAGUGAACUUAUGUUACUCAUGUUAUGUUAAUUCUCAUUUAUUUUCAGUUAAAUAUAUAUA